AAUGUUUUUAACAGCAGUAUUACUCCGAAAGAGAAUUCCUGGAAAACAAUGGAUUGGAAAGUACAGGCGACCAAGAGUGGUUACCCUUUCAAUGAAGCAAGCAAUGAUCCGAAGGUUGGAAAUUGAAGCAGAGAAUGAAUAUUGGCUGAGUCGGCCUUACCUGACAUGGGAACAGGAGUACAAACAUAACACAGAAGAGAGACGUGCAAGAUGGGAAGCUUUCAAACGCCUGAUGACAGCCAAGUUUCCUGAGCACAGAUAUAUCAGCGAUCAUUUAAACCACUUAAAUGUGUCAAAAAAGUGGACAUCUUGAGUAAUACGGUGUAUUUGUAUUCGGCAUGUAUUCUGCACUACCAUGGGAUCUGCUAUUGUACCUAUUAUGGUAGCUCUGUAACUCACUAUACUAAGGGUAGAUGACAAAUUAAACUUUGCUACAGUGUACAAAAUCUUACAUUAAAAGUGGUCCUACAGAA